AUGUUUAACGUCUACAUCAUACAGAGUAUACGGUGGACGUGUCGUACAUUGCACAACUAUUACGACUGGUGGCUCAGUCUACCGGUACCACCGGUGGGGUCGAGAGUUGUCACAGACCGUUACUAUCUCGCUGAAAUCAGUGCCAUCUUCAUGACAAAGAUUCCAGUGGGCCGGCCCGGUCUCGAACUCGCUACCUUUGGGUACAAUGGCACAGACGUUAACCACUACGCCAUGCCUCCAUUGUUACCGUCAAACAAGAGGCGGACAAUAACGGCUCAAAACGUUCCCGUUCCGUUCACUCUAUCGCCGCUCUCGCAGACCGUUUCGGUUUCGUGGCAUAACAUCUGUGUCUAUACUCAGGUCACCCAUUUUAACGCUGAACACGAAUCUGAAAUCCAAAUCUAUUUAGGUCGAAUAGUUUUCGAAAUAUUCGACUUUAAACCCAUACAGAUCUUGAAGAAUGUUUCCGGUGAAGUAAAUGCGGGCCAACUGUUGGCUAUUAUGGGCUCGAGUGGCGCCGGAAAGACAACACUAUUGAAUGUAUUGACGGCCAGAAACUUAUCAAAAUUGACGGUAAAGGGAACCGUUAGACUCAAUGGACAGGCAGUCGACGCCAAUACCAUUACAUCGGUGUCCUCUUACGUACAACAACAGGACCUAUUCGUUCCGGUGCUCACCGUUCGCGAGCACCUCGUCUUUAACUCUUUACUACGAAUGGACCCGAAGUUGACGAAAGCCGAGCGGACAGAGCGGGUGAAUGCACUGAUCCAUGAGUUUAGUUUAACCAAAUGUGCGGACAUUCGGAUCGGAAGCAGUACAACAGUUAAGGGUAUAUCUGGUGGUGAGUCCAAGAGACUGGCUUUUGCUUCUGAGUUAAUGACAAAUCCUGCGAUUAUGUUUUGUGAUGAGCCGACGAGUGGUUUGGACUCAUUUAUGGCCGAAAAUAUUGUACAGACAUUGAACGCAAUGGCGGCAAAGGGUCGGACCAUUAUCUGCACAAUACAUCAGCCCUCGUCUCAAGCCUUCAAACUCUUUGAAAGACUUUUACUGAUAGCCGACGGAAGAGUGGCUUAUAUGGGAAAUAUUGGUAAAGAGAUUUGUGACAAUUAUACCAAAAACGGUGAACAAUUGGGACAGAAUGGCGAUCGUAAGGAGGCGUCGACGCCCUCCACCCCCGGCCGAGAGGACUCAUUCACUGAAAUAAAGCCCAAAUCAUACGCCGAUAUGUUGUUAAAACCGCCUAAAUAUCGGGUCUCGUAUUGCCAACAGUUUCGGACACUGUUGUGGCGGUGUAUGCUUGUAGUGCUGAGGGAACCGGCUGUUAGCCAGGUUAGGCUCUUGCAAACUGUGGUGAUAGCCGUGAUUGUGGGGAUUGUUUACUGGAACCAGAAGUUGGACCAGAAAUCGGUGAUGAAUAUCAACGGCGCUCUCUUUUUAUUGGUCACAAACAUGUCGUUUCAAAACACAAUGGCUGUCAUUAACACAUUCUGUGCGGAAAAUCCGCUGUUUUUUCGCGAACACCACAACGGCAUGUAUAGAGUGGACGUCUAUUUCAUAUCCAAAUCGCUGACAGAUUUGCCAAUCUUUUUGUUAAUUCCCAUGAUAUUUGUCAGCAUUUACUACUAUAUGGUUGGCUUUAAUCCAGAUAUCAGCGCCUUUUUGAUCGCUAUAUUAAUCGGUAUUCUCAUCACUUCAUGUGCCGUCUCUUUUGGAUACUUCAUGUCGUGUCUCACCUCAUCGGCAAACGUGGCCCUGUCUUUGGGUCCGCCACUACUCCUACCGGUGGUACUGUUUGGCGGAUUCUUUCUCAAUGCCGAUACAACCGCCUCGUGGUUGUCGUGGUUUAAGUACAUCUCAUGGUUUUACUACGGCUUCGCCUCAUUGAUCAUCAAUCAGUGGCGACACCUGAAGCUCACCGAUUGCCCGGCAUUCCCGUCGACCCCUCCGGCCAUUAACGGUACGGCCGGUCAAUACAUGCCUAUCAAGUGUAUUAGCGAUGGUCUGGAUAUUAUUCAUUCAUUGAGUUUCGAUGAAAAUGAUUUGUUACGAAACCUAAUAUUGAUGAUGAGCGACCCUUUGAGGACAGUUACCGUCAAACGAGAGGCGGACAGUAACGCCAGUCACGGCUCAAAUGUCACUCUACCGCCGCUCGAGCAGACCGUUUCGGUUUCGUGGCAUAACAUUGAUGUCUAUUCUCAGAUCACCCGUAAGUGUUAUCACAUCCGAGCGCCCACUCAACAGCCCAUACAGAUCUUGAAGAAUGUGUCCGGUGAAGUAAAUGCCGGCCAACUGAUGGCUUUAAUGGGCGCGAGUGGCGCCGGAAAGACCACACUAUUGAAUGUCUUGACGGGCAGAAACUUAUCAAAAUUGACGGUAAAGGGAACCGUUAGACUCAAUGGACAGGCAGUCGACGCCAAUACCAUUACAUCGGUGUCCUCUUAUGUACAACAACUGGACAUUUUCGUACCGGUGCUCACCGUUCGCGAGCACCUCGUCUUUAACUUGACGAAAGCCGAGCGGACAGAGCGGGUAAAUGCACUGAUCCAUGAGUUUAGUUUAACCAAAUGUGCGGACACUUACAUCGGAAGCAGUACAACAUUUAAGGGUAUAUCUGGUGGUCAGUCCAAGAGACUUGCCUUUGCUUCUGAGUUAAUGACAAAUCCCGCGAUUCUGUUUUGUGAUGAGCCGACGAGUGGUUUGGACUCAAUGAUGGCCGCAAAUAUUGUGCAGACAAUGAAAGCAAUGGCGGCAAAGGGUCGGACCAUUAUCUGCACAAUACAUCAGCCCUCGUCUCAGACCUUCAAACUCUUUGAACGACUUUUACUGAUAGCCGACGGAAGAGUGGCUUAUAUGGGAACUAUUGGUAAAGUGUCCGUUACUCCGGGCCGUGAGGAUGAAUGCAAAGUCAAAAUCAAGGAGAUUUGUGAUAAUUAUACUAAAAACGGCGAACAAUUGGGAGAGAAUGGCGAUCGUAAGGACGCGUCGACGUCCUCCACCCCCGGCCGAGUGGACUCAUCCACUGGAUUAAAGGCUAAAUCAUUCGCCGAUAAUGGUUUAAAACCUCUCGAAUAUCGGGCCUCGUAUUGCCAACAGUUACGGACACUGUUGUGGCGGUGUAUGCUUGUAGUGGUGAGGGAUCCGGCUGCUACCCAGGUUACCUUCUUGCAAACUCUGGUGAUAGCCGUGAUUUUGGGGAUUGUCUUCUGGGGCCAGAAGUUGGACCAGAAGUCGGUGAUGAAUAUCAACGGCGCUCUCUUCAUGUUGGUCAUAAACAUGUCGUUUCAAAGCACAAUGGCUGUCAUCAAUACAUUCUGUCCGGAAUAUCCGCUAUUUCUUCGCGAACACCACAACGGCAUGUAUAGAGUGAACGUCUAUUUCCUGGCCAAAUCGCUGACAGAUUUGCCAAUCAUUUUGUUUGUUCCCAUGUUAUUUGUCGGCAUUUACUACUAUAUGGUUGGCUUUAAUCCAGAAAUCAGCGCCUUUUUGAUGGCUAUAUUAAUCGUUAUUCUCGUCACUUCAUGUGCCGUCUCUUUCGGAUAUCUCUUAUCGUGUCUGACCUCAUCGGCAGACGUUGCCCUGGCUUUGGGUCCGCCACUACUCAUACCGAUGGUAUUGUUUGGCGGAUUCUUUCUCAAUGCCGAUACAACUGCCGCGUGGUUGUCUUGGGUUAAGUAUCUCUCAUGGGUUUACUACGGCUUCUCCUCAAUGAUCAUCAAUCAGUGGCGAGACCUGAAGCUCACCGAUUGCCCGGCAUUCCCGUCGACUCCUCCGGCCAUUAACGGUACGGCCGGUCAAUACAUGCCUAUCAAGUGUAUUAGCGAUGGUCUGGAAGUUAUCCAUUCAUUGAGUUUCGAUGAAAAUGAUUUGUUACGAAACCUAAUAUUGAUGGUAAUUCUGGCCCUUGUCUUCCGCCUAAUGGCAUUCAUCGCACUCUACGUCAGAUCCCGAGAGCGAUAA